CUUUUAUUAUGAAAAUUGACAGGUUUUGAGACUGCGCACUGACCGAUAAUUGGUAAUGCGCAUGCCACUACAACGCGGCGGGCUUGGUGGGACUGGGGCAGCUGACUAAAUAACAUGGAAGAGAGCCUUUGGAAAAAACGCAAGACACACACACUUCUCCCACUGUAAGUACAAAAAGCUAUGCUGUAGGCUACAGAGAGCGCGCGGUGACCUGAAAUCAGCCGCUUUAUCAUUCCCGAAGAUCGUUCGCUUGUUUACUCCUUGGUAACAGAGUCGCACUGUACGGUAGGCCUGAUGAUCUCGAGCGAUCUCGUAACUCUCGAUUCGAUUAGUGAACCGUCUUCGGCCUUGCAUCCUGAUCACGUAUCCGGCCACCUUUCUUCGGACAUCUUUCUCACUAAUUCUGAUAUCAAAACUCCAAUUGGUUCUUACCCUGCACUGUCAUCAUUUAGCACCAUGUUAGAACCACCGGCAGAUUUUCGCUCCGAUUACGGUAUGACUUCCCUUGCGUCUUUUCAACCUAUGUCAAGUGCAUCAAGUUAUACAACGUUAACACCUCUGCAACCGUUGCCACCAAUAUCGACGGUAUCUGAUAAAUUUAGGCACGAACCAAGCAACAUUGGCAGCGGUUUCAUGCUGAACCAUUCAAGCAAUUUACAAAUGAACAAUUACCAUCAGUAUGACAAACUCGGAGCCAUGAACAUGGGAAUGCCUAUGAGUAUGAGUGGAGGAAUGGCAUCGAAUUCUAUGUUAAAUGGUUAUACACAAAUGGGGACAUACUGCUCCCCGCAAGAUACACGGUACAGUGUAAACGGGUAUGAACAAUAUACUGGUAAUCAUUCGGUGCGUAACAUACAACCUCAAUCGCAACGACCAUCCCUCCAAAAUCCCAUGGUCAUAAACGGGUUACACCACCCCGGAGCCACACCGCCCAGUUUGUCGGUUAGUUCGCGUGAAAGAAACACUGGAUCACGGUCGAGUACGGGGAGCGAUGGAGAGGAGAUCAACACAAAAGAUAUUGCGCAGAGGGUUACAAGUGAACUAAAGAGAUACAGCAUACCUCAAGCAGUUUUUGCUCAACGUGUGUUGUGUCGGAGUCAAGGAACAUUGUCGGACUUGUUACGGAACCCCAAGCCAUGGAGUAAGUUGAAGUCAGGAAGGGAGACUUUCAGGAGGAUGUCGAAAUGGUUGCAAGAACCAGAGUUCCAACGAAUGUCGGCUCUACGAUUAGCAGAGCUGGUAUCAAAGGACAGGACUGCUUGCAAGAAGAAAGAAGACGAUGCCAAGAAUCAAGUUCCGACCAAUAUGAUUAAGAAACCACGACUAGUGUUCACGGACAUUCAGCGACGCACGCUGCACGCAAUUUUCAAGGAGACAAAGCGCCCAUCUAAGGAGUUACAGAUGCAGAUUGCCAGUCAACUUGGUCUUGAACUUAACACAGUCAGUAACUUUUUCAUGAAUGCAAGGAGACGGUCGCUUGACAAGUGGGUGGAUGAUGUUAACGGCAAUGGCAUGAUGAAUAACAACAGCAACUUACUAUCAACGAGUAACAACACCACUGGCAACACGACGACAAUCACGCCGUUACCUAUCAAGUCCGAAUUCCUCCCAAUAAAACCAGAAUUGAGUUCAUGAGAACAUAAACACUUGUAAGAACAAUUCGAAAAAUUACAAUCCGCUUGUUUGUCGGACAAAAAAACGGGGAGUAUCCUAGAUAAGUUUACUAUCGGGCCAAACAAGGCUGUUUCUUAUGAAAACCAAAUAUUAAUUACAGUCUUUCUAUGUUAAAAUGUAUAUAUUGCUGAUCUGUAAAUUUCCGUAUAAUUCUUUCUGAAAAGUAGAUAAAAUUAUUAAUGUAUAGGAUAUGCUGAUUUUGUAGCAAUGACUUACCUGAAUUAAAUGUUAUUCUUAUUGGGUUCAUUAACCCAGAUUUUUAAAAAGAUAUUUGUUUUUAUGCUUAAUUUAAGUGAAAUAUUCUUGAAUAAUAUUCCUGCAUCAACUUGUAGAGACAAUGAGGAGUGAUGACAACUGUUUAGCUUAAUUCAAAGUAAACAUAACAUCCAGUGGUAUACAAUCUCUUACGGUUUAAUGAUAACAUAAAUAUGCAAAUUUCUAGUACACGGUUUGUGUUUUCAUCCUUUUGUAGAGCGUCGAUUCAUCAGUGUUUUAAAAAUAUAAACCAAUAUUGUUUUACUUGGAGUAUAGUUUAGGUUGUGGUGUUAAGUAGCAACACAACACAAUCCAGCAAUAAUGAAGUAAUGUUAAUUCGCUUUGAAACUUGUCUCUUGGAUUUGUUUCUGAAAUUGUGCAGUUAUAUUAUCCUAAAAAUCAGUAUUUUCGUCCCAUUUUUCUACCCCUCUUUUCAUAUUUUUAUCUGGGGUUUAAUUUUUUAAUAUAUUUUAUAGAUAUUUUUCUUGUAGUUUUUAUAGAAUUUUUUUUUAACUGUUUAAAUAAUAUCUGUUAAAUUUAAUCUAUCCGACCAUCAAUAACAUAUAAUUGUAUUUAUUCAAUGCAAGAAGACAUAUUAAAAUUAGAAAACUGGUGAACAUGUUUGGAGGGUAAAAACAUUAAUGGAAAUUUUAGAAAGUCAAUUCUUUGAUUAUUAUCAAUUCAAAAGAUGAAUUUUAAAAUCAUGAUCGUUAUGAGUUCAUGAAUCUUGAAAAUUUAUACCUAAGUAUUUUAAUGAUGGAAAUUUUUUAUUUGGAUGUUAGCGUAGCUAACUAUACUGUGAAUGCUUGAUUCACUUGUGUGUCACAACGUAUUGCAUUCAACGAACAACGCUUGUUUGUUUUGCGUCACACAAUUUUCCUGCGGUAUUGUUAGGCGUGAGACUGCCCAGCUGCAACUGAAUCAUGAUUCUACUGAAAUUCACAACAUUCACGAAUAUAAUUAUAGGUAAAAGGCUUGCAAAGAAUGCAAUGCCGACCAUACUGUGAUGCUAUGCUUUAAAAUUUCACAACUAUUUUUAAUUUACAUCAUUCAAAUAUUGUUUGGAUACCAAAUAAAUAUGUAUUAAUACAUUUUUUUCAAUAGGCUUUUACUUUUAAAGAAUAAAAAAAAAUCCCAAACAUUAUUUAUGAUAUAAAAAAAAAAUUAAUUUAUUUUACAGGCCUAUUGAUUAAUAUUCUCAACGUGGACCAAAAAUGAUUUUCUUAAUUUUAAAUGAAAUUUUGCUGCAAUAACAAAUACAUUCCAUCCUGUUUUCAUUCCUAUUCUGUAUUACCUCACCAGUUCUUUUCUGUACUUAGUAGAUAUCAUGAUGUUUAUUCAUUUCUUUUGUAUAUGGAUUCAUUAUUUUCUUAGCGAGUGGUUACAGAAUACACUUUGUAGGGUACUUAAUAUGUGCAUGGGUUUUAAGAAAUUCAAAUAACUGCCUUCAUUACAUUCGGUUGCCAUGUGACAAUUUUCUCAGUGGUCACAAUAUAUUAUGCUAGAAAAACCAAAAAUAUAGUGUUUAUUGUUAUGCUGUGGUAUAGCUGAAUAGCAAUUUGGUCUUGGGUUGUCAUAAUAUGAAAUGUUAAGAAUCGAAUUCAUGAGAAUAUAAAAACAGGGUGUUAUGAAUAUUGACUUUUACAUGUAGGGGGAAUUUAAUUGAGGAAAAUAAGUAGAAAAAUGUGCUUGUUUAAAAAAUUUGCAAGUAUAUAUGUAGUAGGGAUCAGAUUGUGUUGAAGUCUUUUCUCUACCUUGUAAUAAUUUCCAAGCUUGUUAGGUAUAUAUAUCACUUAACUGUAAUAGAUACUUGGCAUUUCACCCCAAAGGUGGUAAUAAAACAAAUGAGAAUUUGUUUAAUGGUAGCAAUUGUUAUAUCACCAGAUGACCGAAUCAUGAUUUUAUAUAGAGUCACUUAGUGCCAGAGGUGGCAUUUGAAAUUGCAAUAACUGAUUCGAAUCAAUUUGCCAACUGCUUAAGAAACAUGGUCAUUACCAAAUUGUCAACCUUUGUUUUUCUUAUUUUCUUAGUAGUUUCAUCAUUCCAAAAUUGUAAAAAUAUACAUGUAGUGUUUUUUUUUGUUUUUUUUUAAAUAGUAGUUCUAUCAGUGAAGUUUUUGGAGAAAAGGGUCUGUACACUUACUUAGAAAGACGGUGUAAAAUAAUUUUGUGUGAAAUUUUUCCUGUAAAUAGAUUUCCUUUCAGUACUUUUUAAAAUUAAUAGUUUGUUUUUUAUUUUGAUGUUUAUGCCAAGCAUGAGCAUCUAAAGUUUAUUCCUUUUACUUUGUUCCAUUCCUAGAAUAUAAUUUCUUUCUUGUGUGUGCUUUUAUUUUCUACCUGAAAUUAUUUUGUUUCUUCUUACACAUUGCAUUCCAGUGAUCUGCCUAUAUGUUAUUUUUAUUUUUUUUUUGGUUUCGUCUGACUACUUCUUAAAAGGCAUAUCAUGCAUCACUUUAAAUGUUUGUCCUCUAAUCUAUCGUGUGAAAUAGUUUGUUUUAAAAAUGUAUUUAAGUGGUGUCAAUAAAAUGUAAAAGAGAGAAGAUAAUGUAUAAAAAAAUACCUAGAUUUUUCAAGAGGCAGCAUUUGACUUUCUAGAACUUGAUGUUUUUGUGUGUGUGUUUGUGCAAUACUGUAUAUAUUUACUCAAGUAUUCGCCAGGGUUUAAACACAAAGUGGACUUCAAAAGCUCUCAAGGUUAAAUUGUUAUAUAUUGCUGGGGGGGGGGGUCUAUCUCCAUUUGGUGUUUUCUACAGGGUUUGUAGGAAAACACUGUAUAAUUUAUUGUUAUUCUGAAAUUAAGGAGUAACAGGGGUUUUUAAUGAAUUUCUCUCAAUAGCAGCUGUGAAUAAAUAAUUAGUUAAAAGAUUGAAUUCAUAACUGAUAUGGGUAUACUUGUACCUUACAACUAAGUAUGUUUACUUCUAUCAAACAGUGUAAUAAGGAAAGGUUUUAACAAUACAAUGUCUAGUUUGUAUUAUGAAAAUAUUAUUAUAACAAAAUAAAUAUUCUCUAUGAAAGUUCACACUAAAAUUUGAAUUUUUAUAGCUGCUAUAUUAGGCCCGUGGAUAAACCAACAAAAACUGAAAUAAUUUUGGUUGGUUUUCGUGGUUCCUCCUUGAUUGUUUGUGAAGCCUAUAUAUGGCAGUGCCUUUGGUUUCGAUUGGAUUUGUUUGCAGUGCAAUUUAUACUUGUAAAAUAUUAGUGAAGAGGCUGUAACUGACAAGGCUGAUUUUAUUCAUAUCUAACAGGAACCACGAUGAAAAGAGAGAAAAACAAUUUUCAAACAUAUUUUGUAUUAAGUAUCGCAGAAUUUUGUGAUAUAAAUUUUUUUUUUCAUUAGACAUUUUUAAUAUGAAUUUAUUGUGAAUGAGUAGAGAUAUGUGUUCGACUCUUUCAAUUUACUGAGGAGCUAAGGACUAGUAAAAGAAAAUAAUUUUUAACUUUUAUGAGCGUCUCUAGUGAGCUGUAAUUCCAUCCAUAUAGUGAACAUCCAAGUGUGCUAAAACUGUCCGACAGCCAAAUAAAAAAAAUUACACGUUUCUUGUCCUAUCCCGUAUUUUAAACAAUAUUUAGGCCGCCUUCGUUCUUUUUACUUUAAAAAAAAUGCUCCAGAAAAGCCAACAGAAAGGCUACCAUCAUCAAAAGCAAUUUGAGUGUGGCUAGGCCUGAAAUAGCCCUAAAUAUGUUCUGUCUGUGUUUGUUGUAAUCAUUAUUUUUGUUAAGAAAAAAAAAGGGAGAAAAGAAUUCAAAAAUGUGAAACAUGUGUAUUCUUUUUUCUUUUUUUUUUUUUAUUGGGUCUUAUUAGAAAGUGUCAAACAAUGAUGACUUUACAACAGAGCUUUCUGUUCUUGAAUAUUCUUUUAUUUCUGUCCAGAAUUCUGCAUACAAUAUCUUUUCUAAUUUGGGAUAUUUUUUAAAGGUUGUUGAAAGCUCUCGUGUGAUUGGGAGAUUCUCAUGAGAAAAGCACUGUGGGUAAAAUAUGACAGUGGUUAAUCUAAAGUACUUAUCUUUUUGCAAUAUAUUAUUGAGGUAUUCUUAAGAAUAUUGUGCACAGUGAUUUAAAAAUAGUGCAAAGUAAUAAACAAUAAUGAUAAAAAAAACCUAAUAAUAACUUGGUAUAUACGUCCAGUUUGAAUAUGCUCAGAAAACCAAAGGUUGUUAUUAUAGUCAUUAUUAAUUAUUGAGUAAUUAUUAGUGUUUUCUGUUAAUUUAUAAAGUAGUGCUGUGAUUGUGAUGACUUAGCAACCCCGUAAAAAAAUAAUUGUACAGAAUCCUGACUACGAUGAGUUAAUAUAUACGGUUUGAAUAAAUUAUGAAUUUUAAUGUCACUCA